ACGAGGGACGAUCGACGAGUGAGCCCUAGGUUUUGUUUAUGCUGACGCUGCCAUCAUCGCCGGCCGAAUCACCUCCUGUCUGCCAUUGCCGCAAGCCGCGGCCUCCCGCUGCUGUUUUCGAACGCUAAGUCGCCUCCUCUCGCCGAAGCUAUGUUUGAUGAAUUAGAUCCUUCCGAUGACAUUUUUCAUCACCCAGCUUCUUCCCCAGACCGAAAAUUGGGCAAAUUCCUACCUAAAGCUCGUGCAAAACCUGUUAAGGAUACCUCCGCAGCCCCCCAAACUUCUGAUGCAACCCUGUAUGCUCCUCCUCUCGAGCCUGUGGCUCCGGAUGCUGAUUCAAACCUUGAGAUGGAGCACCCCUAUCUCCAACCUUGUGUUUCCAAUUCCUAUAGUGUGGCCUGUGACCACCAUUCCGUGCAAGAAUCUGUUGGGCAACUGAAGUCCACACUUGCAGAACCCGUAGAAUCUGAAGGUAAAUAUGUAGAGAAUUUCCAACAAAAUCAAGGAAACAUAGAUCAGGAUGCAGAUAUGUGCUUUAGCUUGGAUUUUCCUAAUGGUCGCUUGAAGACGACUGGACCUGUUGAUAGCUUUAGGCCAAAAGCUAAUUCACAACAUGAUGACAAAGAACUUGGAGUCGAGGAAUCAUUCUGUGCCUCAUCCCUAUGCUCUGGCUGCAACCAAACAGGGGCUACUCACUCUGAAAUAAAUGCAGUUCAACAACCAUUUCAGGCUGAACAAUCAAUCCUUUUAAAGACCUAUGGAGAUGGAGAAUGUGUGCAAAUUGGUGAUAUUGACGUGCGAUCCAAUAUUGUAGAGUCAAAGGAACAAGCAAGUUGCCUUUCAAUGUCUGAGAUGUAAGUUAUUUGAUUAUUCUCUAUAUAAGUUUGGGUUCUUAUUAGCUUCUAAAUGCUAUAUCAAGCAUCAACAAAGCUUUCCAGCAUGGACGCUCUUUACAACUUGUCUCAUUCUAGUGGAGCCACCGGUAAGUAGGAGUUGCGAAUUAUUUUGACUAAUUCCUUAGGGAUAUAGCAAGUUGAGGUAGGAAACACAUGAAAAUUUCUGGUUUUGAUCGUAUCUUAUGAUUGAUCAUAUUUUUGUCUUUAAGAGGAUAUGAAUUGGAUCAUGAUUUUAAACUGUAAUUAUCAUACUUUUCCAGAGCAAAUAUUUGCAUCGAGUAUGAUGUACAGUCGAAUCAUUUAGCUUCUCAUAUAUAAAUUAUGAUGGAUAAUAAUGAUCCGUGCCAUUAUAAUGGAAACUUUUUAGUUUCUCCUAAAAAUUUCUUCAUUAAGCCUCUUAUUAUUCUUAUAAUGGAGUACACCAUGAAGAUUUAAGAGCAAUGUCAAGGUUAUGUAUCUAAGUUUACAUUUAGCAUGUACAAUUAGAUUAACAGGACAGAACUUGCAGAUAGCUAAGGGGUAAUCUGAGAACAUUGUUACAAGCAUACCGAUGUCC